ACCCAAGAAAAGUUGAAAGAGAACGUCUUCUGAUGAAGAAUAGCUCUGCCAAGCCCUGAAUAUUACCCAAUAAGAGACAAAAUGCUAAAAACAACUCUACGACCACCUUGUCUCCAACCUCAAUCCAACCAUGCAGGCCCCAGCAGAGUUGACCCAAAUCCUCACAUUAUUAAAAACUCCAAGGCUGACCCUGCAGAAGGCAAAAGCUAUUUGGCAAGGCUGAAAGGAACGGGAAAUGAUAGUAGCCAUGGAAAGCAGGAAAGGAAAGAGUCAGCCAGAGAAAACCUCCAGAAAGAACCUUGGAGAGCCAAUGGGAAUGAUGUCCCCCACAAAAGCAAUGACAACAGGCCAUUGUCCAAUGAGAAAGGAGACUCUCGGUGGCCUGUUUCUGAAGGGAUGGAUUCUGGGAUUAACAACAGGGACGAUCAAAGUCAAGAAUGGAAAGUGGUGAAAGUGAAACGAGUUCUGCUUUCUCCAGCUGAUGAACCUAAGAAAGCGAAUAUCUCAAGAAGUGCAAGUUUCUCCGAAACAGACCUGAAGGAAGCAAAAGAGAGGAGCCAAAGAAUUGUUGCUCAGUUGACCAAUCCACCAAGUUCCAAUUCCAAAGGGGUCCUGCUGUUUCACAGACGCAAGCAGCGAGUGAAUGCAUUCACCUUAGGAGCCCCAAAGCCAACCAACCCAGAACGAGGAGCUGCGGAGAAAGACCCCAAAACUAUCACUCACCCUUGCGCUCUGAGCCAUGGGGAAGAAUCGCAUCUGAAGCAGACUCCGAAACCAAACAAGGAGCCGAACACUUCAUUCUGCCUCAAUAGCUUUGGACGCUGGGGACAAAAAGUCACCAUGGAAAAAUACGAGGAGGAGCUGGGUGUGGAACAUCCUCUAGAUAAUGCACAGGGCCUUCCGUGGAAUAAGGAAAAGAGUGAGACGAUUCUUUAUUCAACAAACCCAACACCCUCUAAAGAUAUUCCAGAGGAAGAAUUUCAGCAGAUCCCACUCAGUGUAUACCUUAAGGAGAAUACAGGGACAACUUCAACCAAUGGAAUACAUGAACCCCUCACUGAGUUUGGAAAAAUGCCUAUGGUUGAGCAAGGACCAAUGAUGGGCAAUACAGAAAACAUCCCAGCUAAGACUGAGGAUGAGACUACCCCUAACAUUGAGAAAAAAGAUACCAUUCUUGAAAAAGAACUGUAUCUUCUGCAUAUGGAUCAGGAAAAUAAUAUUCUCAAUAAAGAACUGUAUCUACCCAUAGGUAGUGAGAAAAACAACAAUAUCCCUGACAAAGAUCUGUACACAGCCAUCAUUGACAGGGAGAAUAAUAUUGUCCUCAACAAGACAUUGAGUGAACCAGUCACUGACAGAAAGGAAAAUGGAGAGCUGCCCUACAUGGAACAGGAUGAGUUGGUCACUGAAAAUGAGAACAUUUUUCCCACUGCCGACACCGAAAAAGCCACCGAUGUAGGUUCUAAUGAAACCAGCGCACAAAAUCAUAGGCAGUAUUGUGAAGUGCGCCUGACUUUGUCGAAGCCCCAACCAGUGAAGAACCGAACUGCAAGACCUUUUGGCACUCAGUCACUAGCUAAAAUCCUCUCUCCAGCAGAGAAGGGCCCAGUGACGGAGAUUCCUCCACCACCCACCUAUGCAGAAACAUUUUCCAGCCCUCCUCCAGUGACUAGGGUCAGGUCACCACCAGCUUACUCAGCACUGUAUCCUUGUCAAGAGCAGAAAAUCCUGGUUGCACCUGAAACUAGGUCCAAAGACAGCAGCCCAGGACCUCAAUUCAGAGAGGACAAAGCACCACCUCCAGAUAAAACAGGCAUUCUGGAGGAAUCUGCAGCCCGCAGAACAUCUAAGAAGUCCAUGUUCACCUUUGUUGAGAAGCCAAAAAUGGGUCCUAAUCCAGAUCUUUUGAAUUUAGUACAGACAUCAGAUAAUAAAAAGAAGCAGAGAGGACAAGGAGGAGUAUUUCCUGAAGAUGAAUCAUUUGCAUUGGGUGCAGAUGCCUCUAACUUUCUAACUGAAGAUAGAUCAUUGCAUGGACCCACUCAGUCCCUUGGGGAUCCUCCACCAGAGUGGUCUUCAUGUUUAAGAUCACCAAAAAUACAGCCUAAACCUAAAAUAAGCUCCAACCAAAGCCUAUCGGAGGCGAAAGGAAAGGGGGCAGAACUGUUUGCCAAGAGACAGUCAAGAAUGCAGAAGUACGUCAUUGAAACCCCGUCACAUCCAGAUAUAGCAAGAUCACCUUCACCUACGAUGUCUCUUCCUCCAUCCUGGAAGUAUACUUCAGAAACUCAUCUCUCCCCUGUGACAUUCCAACCUACACUCAAAAGUCCAUCAAGGUCUCCAAAAGGUCCCCCUGCAUCUUUCUACAACAGCAAUUUGACAGAAAGGGAGCUCUCCAAAAAGGAGUUGGAAAUCUCCAAGCAACAGCCUUACCAGUCACCCUCGUUUGUUCGUUCUCCAGUCAAAGAGCCCAUGAGAUCUGUAGUCCCUGAAAGGGGUUAUAUGAGGAAGGCUUCUUCCUCUACUUCGCCCUUGGCACCUUCUCCUCUGUUGUACCCAUCUGCCCAGUCCAGCCCAAGCAGAACAUUGCCUGGCCUCUUUGCUCCGUUACCUGGAAACAUGUUUCCAUCACAGAAGAUCAGAGCAAAUGCUGAAAUAUCACCAGAAGCAUCUUUUGAUUACCCUUCUAAAAUUUUGUCUCCGAGAGCUAAAGGAGUAUUCCAAGCUCCAAGACCAUCUUACUCCACCAAGAAUGCAGGGAUUGAGCCUCAGGAAAGAAAAACAUCCCUGCCUGCCUCCCCAACAUGGACUCCACAGCUGAUAAGGCGACCGUCCAGCAGCAUAGAGGGCUGGAUGAGCCCAGCCCAAACUCCAGAAUCUGAGGAUGGACUUGUCGAAGCCUUUAGAGCAGCCCAUGUUAUGACUCCACCUCCUCCCAUGUCUCCAUCCUGGAGCGAAAGGUCUCUGUCCCCAUUUCGACAGGAGAUUGACCAAAAGUCCAGCCGACAGAUGCAGGUGCUGUUGGCAAGAAAUAUCAUAAAUGCUGCCCGGAGGAAGAGCUCUUCUCCCAAACUCACUGGAGUAGAAAACUUCAGGCCCUUCACGCCCCCUGUCACUUGCCCCAGUGUGUCAUCUGCUGGUGGGAGCCCUAAGAACAGGAGUACUCAUUCUCCGAGCCCAAUUCUGUCACCCAAGCCAACAAGAACGGAUGGCUACAGACGUGUCUCCCUCCCCGUCUCAGCUGCCCCACCGCAGGCUAGUGCAUCAUCAAACAACAGCCCCAGGUUGCUAGGCAUCAAAUCUCCAAGCCCACUACAGUCACCAAAAGCAGGGAGGAUGAAUGGAAACAAAUGCUUCACGCUGCCUACUAGAACAGGAGCCUCCCAGUUCAUUGUCUCAACAAACCAUAAUGGCCCAAGUAUAGUGGGCACUCAUUCUGAAUCACACAAGGAUCCAGAGCCGCUUCAAAAACCCACAAUUGUGGAUAGCCAUAAGGCCUUCACAUUGCCAGCAAACACCAGUGGGAUAUCGUAUACCAGUCCAAAAAACCUGGAUGCUGCUUCUCCCACUCUCCAAAGUCCGAUGAUGACAACAUGGUCCCUGGUGAAGCGCUCCACUUCCAUGUCCCCCACCAACUCAGAGGCAUCCGUGGACUCUGACUGCUCUGGGGUCAAGUCACCUAGCAUCCGCAGCUUCAAUAUUUGUCCACGAGGCUGGAAUGGCAGCCUGAGGCUGAAACGGGGUAGCCUCCCAUCAGAAGCAUCCUGUACCUCUUAAACAUGGACCAAGAGAUGUGAACCAAAAACAAAGGUUCUGAAAACUGUUGCCAAAGUAUUUGUGCAGGUCCAUACAUGCAUAAUCCUGCCAACCUAAUUAAGUUUUAGGAGGAAGACAUUCAUCUGCGAAGAUGUGUAACACCUUCUCUCCAAGUUUGUCACUUCUUGGGGACUUUGAAGAAGAGAAUUUAUGAGAAACAUUUCUCAUACAAAGGAGAAGUGUGAUUCAGCUUCUAUUCUUGCAGGGCAUCCAUUUCCACAGGAUCUUUGUCAGCUUCCUCCUCCCUCUCUUUUGGGAGACAUGCUUGACUUUCCCAGGUUUUGCUUUCUCUUUCUCAGCUGGACUGGAGACACGAUAAUUUCUUUGCUUGGAGAAGAUUAAGGCGCAUCUGACUGCUUUUGUUCCCUCUGAGAAAUAUCCUGCAGGAGGACACAAAGCCCAUGACAGAAUCCUUGAUGACUCUUAAUGAGGGGACUGUAGGAGAGGAAAGCCAGCCUCAAGUCCAUGUUUCACUUAAAACAAUUAAGUCCAUGUUUCACAUAAAAACAAUUGCCAUUCAUUUAGCUCUACUUUGAUAGAGCUACUCUUCAGUUGGCUUCCACUCCAACAUCCUGAGGGAAGAAGAAAAAAAAAACAUGAGCCAGAAGCCCAUUCAGAAGUCGUUGGUGAUGUUUCAUCUGCACAGCAUAAUUUUCCUCCAAACAUAAAGAUUGACUUUAUAUAAACCAAAUGAAAUGAAAGAAGGUUGUUUUAAAGCCUUUUUGUUCUCUGGACUAUUGGAGCUGAAUUAUUACAAGAGGAUGAAGGACCAAUUCAAGCUACAAUCCAAGUACUCCUGCAUCCACAUUAGAAGAUACCACGUAGGAACAUCAAAUGUAGGAACGUCGAAGCUUUCUGGAAAAGCCACCAAAGUCAGCUAGUCUGGGAUUGUAACAGUAAGGAUCCACUCUUCUCAGAACUCUUGCCAUGAUUUCAGGACUGAAUGCCUAGUGGGCAAUGGUUCUGGUACUGCCAGUCACCAGGAGAGAGGUCUUCUGAUCUCUUCUAUUGCUUUCUAGUUUACCAGAUAUCUGGGAGGCAAAGCUAUCCAAGAUGUUCCUCUGGGGAGGACAUUCACAACAUGUCUUGGUUAGUAAGCCCCAAAUAAUGCUUCUUCUGUCAACUCUUUUUUUCAGCACCUGGAGGAAGCUGCCUUCAGGUGCUUCUUGCAUAACGGCUGAAAACCACAGAUGGAGAAGUGAGCUCCACCUCUACAAGGGUCAGGAGCAAUAUCCCAGCAAAGUUAGUUACAUCCAACGGUAGGGAAGCUCAACAUAGCUGUUCCCUAACACUGCCACCUAUCAGAAACUUCAUUGGUCACUUUAUUUUCACCUGUAUCUGUCUCAGCCCCUAGACAUACAGGUCAGAACACAAAGGCUGAAGUAGUCUUCACUUACGUGGGACAGAUUUGCAUUCAGAAUAACAUUCCACACUAGGAAAGGAAAAGUGAGGAGCCAUUAUCUAAAACACACACAGGUACCAAGAUAUACAUAAGCCAAGCAGGUGGAUGAUUCUAUAUGAAUCAACUAUCUCAGGUCCCUAUCCUCGCAAUCUACCAAUCAGAGUAAAUAGCAGACAAACCCAAUAGGCUAAAUUCCCUUCCAAUUUUCCUCUUUGCUUUAUCCCCCAGUACUGUGCCUCGUAGCAACAUCUACAAGGCACAGUACUGUGUCUGGUAGCAGCAUCCAUCUAUUUGCACCACCUGUAUGACCCGACAAAACUUCUGAUCUACCUCUGCUGAGCAGCAAAGAAAAAUACACCUUAUAUCAUCAUUGCCUUUAUUGUUCGGCAUCCAGAAUGAAGGACUUCCUGGAGCGUAAGGCACGCAUAUACAUGCAUGUUUCUUUUUUCAGACUUACAAUCAAUCUGGCUUCAUUCCUUACUUUCAGCCACAAAGCAGUGUCUGUGGUUGAUGUCUGAGCUCAGCUUGAGUGUACAAUAACUUAUUCUGUGCUGCACCUUGCCAUAAUCCUGCAGAGUAGAACCGUCCAUCCUUCUGUGGAUGGAAGUGGCUGGCUGGAGCCAGGUGACUGGGGAAAUGGCUCUCUUCCCAUUGAACAAAAUAAUUUGGACAAGUGAAGAGAAAAGACAGAGGAGAGAAUAGUUCAGACAGAUUUCACCGCAUGAUUGUCCCAUGCUUAUCCUGCCUUCUCCCGUCAUAGGAAUAGAAUAGGAAGUUGGUCUGCAGUAUUUGCGUCCAUAGUCUCAGAACUAUCAGAAUUCCAGGCAAUGUGUUCUGUGAUCUGUAGUCUAGCCAAUGUGAGUAAAGUGAGCCCUGUGUGUGCAAAAUGUCCUCCUCCCAUGGUUUCCCCUUACAGCUCAGUUCUGGCCCCCUAUGUCUUGCCCGUUUUCUCUCUUGCUUCUCCGCUGUGUGAUAGAGUGUCAUCUAGCUAAUACAUCAGCUGGCCUUGGCAAGGACCAGGUCGUAUCAGGUGUUUCCCUACUUGCCCUUGAUUCAGCAGAAGCCCUCUAUUUUUAUCCUGUAACCUUUAAAGAUGAGAACAUUUAUUUGAUAUUAAUUCAAACUGAGCCAGAAAUGAAUAAUCGGGGCCACCCUCAGCUUUGUUUUCUUCUGAUCAUACAUAGCUUAUGUAGGAGAUCAGAUGGAGGAGGCUCCAAGCUGUGGGUACCUUGGAAACAUACCAGCAUAAACUCAGCCAAGCUUACCAAAUAGCCCUUAUAUUGUAUCUACUCCAGCAGAAUAACUUCUCCAAAGGAACAUUUUGACGUUUUCCUUUUAGGGGUGAGGAGAAGUGGGACACUGGGGCCGAGCUGGCCUAACCAUGCUGCUGAAGUCUUCUGAAACUCAAGGCCUUCAGGUUUAUAUGAUAUAUAGAGAUUGCUAUGCCAGGUAUUUUCAGAAAUAUGGAACAUGUAAGGGAAGAAAUGAUUGAUACAGUAGAAAUGUUUAGCUUGCAUAAAUUCAGUCCUGGCAUCUCCAGGUCAGGCUGUGAAAGAGAACAGUCUGAAGUUCUAGAGAGCAACCAUCAAUCUCUGAGGUUCUUCCCGAGCAUAUUGCCUUCUGACGUGUUGGACCUCAACUCUUUCAAUUCUCAGCCCCUCAUGUUAAAAGGGACAUGGUUGAGGAAACUUUUUGUAAAUAAUCAUGGGCUUGGCAAGCCUAUGGUUCCUAUGUGCACAUAUCAAGGGGACAUUAUUGCAUGGAAGUCUAAUAUAAGUCAUUCAGUCCUAGUGCCCUUACUCUUCUCAACCCAUGGUAGAAGCGGUCAGCCAACUCACAUCUAGACUUCCUCCCUUCCAUCUUUUAGGUUAUGUAUGGUAACAGAACCGAUGCAUUGACCACAGAGCAAAGUCUAGGUUCUGGAAAGAGACCCAUCUUCUACCCUGACUAAGUAGAGUGGGAGAAUUCAAAGAAAGUUGCAAAAAGCAACCAGCGCUACGAAAUAGUUGGUACCCUGUCACUGCUUGUUUCUUUUACUUUGCCCGUACUGCACUUUCUCCUGAGAAAUGGCAAGGGAGUGGAGAGAAUUUCACACUGAACCCUGCCACCAGGACACUGCUGUGAUGGUCAAGCCAAAGUGAUCUAUUUCAUCCAGAAGUCAGGGAACACAUGGAACAUCAAGGUGUCAUUCUCAGAUAGCAUUAGGAGAUCAGCCAACAUGUCCUUUACAGAAACAGAAAGGGAGGGGGUGGGAGGGAGGGAAGGUGACAAGAAAAAAGGGCCAAUGGCACCCUCUAGGGCUUCAUGGUGCCAAUUGCAAGGUUUUGUCCUAAGAGCAAAAGGAAAAUAAAUCUGCCCCUGAGAAUGCAAAGCAUAAAAGCAAAACAGUUGAGCUUUGCUUUUAUACCUCUUGUGGCAGAGAGAAGGCUUCUGUCUCAGUCAUUUGGGAAGAUCUCGGGUAGCAAGACGAAAGGAAUGCUGCAUGUCAAGUGUAAGAGAAGGUGUUCAAAAGAGAUAUCAAGAAGCUAUUAAGGCAGGUUUUUUUCUCCCUGACCUAGGAAAUCACUGCUGCUGUUCACAGCUUAUGGAAGGGAAAACGAAGCUUGGUCCAGGAAACAGAAAACCUGAAACUAGCCACAAGAAUUCUAGUUUCCUGUUUUAUUCCAGGAUCAAAGCCCCGUUUUUCCUUAAGUGAAGGAUUGGUUAAAAAGUCAGCCACGAGGCUCCUAAAUAUUGACAGUGUAAAAUUUUUCUCUCUGUCUUCAGAUUCUGUGUGUAAAUAGCAGCUGUGACUUCUGCUACGAUGACUCUGCAACAGACUGCACAUCCAUAACUAUUUCCAAAUUGUUAAGUGGAUGGAUGCAGUUUGAUAGUAUAUUAUGAUACCUUUAGCCCUUUGCUUAUUUUCUAUUAUGGGACCAGCUCAUUUAUCAGACAUGUCUUAUUUCACAGAAAUAUAUCCCACAUGUUAAGGACAUUUUAAAUAUUUGUAUGUUUCCCUUCCCUGCUAACUUAUAGUGCAAUCCUAUACAUAUUGUCUCAGAAGCCCCCUCCCCAUGUGUAGGUAUAUAAGAUUCCAUUCUGCAAUAUUCAUCCACCACUACUACUACCCCACUCUCUAAAGGAAAGGCCAUACCUACUUGCACAUACCUGAAUUCAGUUUCUGCUGUAAGAAACUGCUAGAAAUUCGAGGGCAGGAUUUACUGCUCUGUUUUCAUGAAGAAAAUUAUUUCUUGGUUUAGAUCUGUCUAUACAGCACAGGUGCAGUUUGAGUUCAUGCCACAGUUUUUCCACAGAACAAUUCACCAGAGGAUGGAGCCAUGUUUAUCCUUGUUCUAACAUGCAGAUGGGCUAAACUCCUCAGGAUCACUGAAGAAAUGCACAAUUGUAAAAAUGUAGUUAAACUAAGGCUGCAGUUCUGUCUAGGUAGUCUUCAGUUAACAAACAGCCUUGCUUAGUCACCAUUCACAAGUAAUGACGGUCAUGAAAAAGUAACUUUAUGAUCAAUCCUUGCAUUGAUUGACCUUUGCAAAUCUGUAAAGGGAAAGAAAGAUUGUAAGCAUAGUCACAGUUCCACUUACUGUCCACUUUGCCUAAUGGCCAAGUUGCUAGUCCCAGUUGUGGUAUGUAAACAAGGUCUACCUAUAUACACUUUGCUGGGAGUAAGACCCUUUGAAAACCAAAAGACUUAGCGCAAGGAGAAAAAUGUAAAAUUGUACUACAAAUAUUGAAAAUGAUAUACUUAGGAGACUUGGGGGCAAUUCACACCUUUUUUGACUUGUGAGUCAUCUUAUUUCUGAAUGUAUCACUGAAAACAUGUACGGCUUGCUGUAUCCCUUCACCUGACACUGUUUGCAUCAGCACCAUGCCAUAAACCUAUAUAAAAGCUCCAAAAUAAAUCAGAUUAAUUAGCCCAUAUAGUCUGGUUAUCAAUCAUGCAUUAUGUUGGAAUUAAACUCUUUGUUAUGCUGAAA